AUGAGGCUGAAUGAAUCUACCGCCGUUUCAACGGCCAGAGCACUCCUUGUUCCAUAUGAGGCUCGUCAUGUGUUGACCUACCAUGGCUGGAUGCAAGACCCUGCCAUCCUUGAGGCGACAGCUUCAGACCGGUUGACCCUCGAAGAGGAAUAUGAAAACCAACAGUCGUGGCGAUCCUCGCACGACAAGCUCACCUUCAUCAUCUGCCAGCCUCUAUCGUCGCCAGCCACAGCUGAAAGGGUCCAGGCCGGAGUGGCUGACGCCCCUGAUAGGAUGAUCGGCGAUGUCAAUCUCUUCCUUUACCCCCAUGAGGAAGACUUCGCCGAGGACGGUGAUGAGAUGCCCAGCAAGGUUGGAGAGGAGAGAGUCGACUGUGUCGGCGAGGUUGAUAUUAUGAUUGCUGAUCAAGAACACCGCGGGAAGGGCUUAGGUCGGGCGGUAGUGCAAGCCUUCCUGCAGUACAUUUGGCGACAUGCCGACGACAUCACCGACGAGUAUGCCUUGGAUAAGGGGCUCAUCGGACGGCCGAAGUUGAGGCAUCUAAUGGCCAAAAUUGGCCAACAGAAUGUACGGAGCGUUGCGCUGUUUAAGAGCCUAGGCUUUGAGCAGGUCGGUGAGGUGAAUUACUUUGGGGAGGUAACGCUCGUGCUGCGAGAUCUUGGGGAGUUUGCGACUAAGGAGGUACCAGAGGCAUAUAAAGAGCUUACUUAUCAACGGGAUGAGGAGACACAGAAUGGACAGCCCGGAGAACAACAAUAA